AUGUUCCACAGUAUGAUUCAUCAGAAUGCUGCACUGCCAGAUGUUCAAAAGAUGCAGUAUUUGGUAUCGGCGCUAAAAGACGAGGCGUAUGACGUAAUUUCGUCACUCGAACCUUCCGCAGAAAAUUACAGGGAAGCGUGGCAAAUGCUCAAUGAGAGAUAUGACGAUCCUAGUUUGAUAAUCAGUAAGCAUGUAAAGGCGUUGUUUGAUCUUCCGCAUAUGAGUAAAGAUAAUCAUGUUGUCUUGAGAAAGCUUUUGGAUACGGUGGUAAAGCACAUACGAGCGCUUAAGGCGUUGAAGAGGCCAAUAGAGCAUUGGGACGACCUAAUGUUACAUAUAGUUACAACUCGAGCAUUGGAAGCAUCAUCAAGAGAUCAGCAUUCAAAGAUAUCGAGUGAAAAAUCAUCGCAAAAUAAAAAGAUUGCAGCACACGUAGUUACCACGAAGAACAGCUGUGCGUAUUGCCACCUGGAAAAUCAUAGUAUUUACAAAUGUAAAGAUUUCUUAGCGCUUCAGGUGGAUCAGCGAAUAAUGGACGCAAAGACUCGCAAGAUGUGCCUUAAUUGUUUGAAGAGCGCAUCACAUCAAGCCAAAGAUUGCUCAGCCGGUGAAUGUCGUACAAAGCCUAGCGAAUCUAACGAAGAAAAUUCGAAAACGGCUAGCAUAAGCUGUACAUCAGUGAAGGAAGCACAACAGGUUUUAUUAGCAACAGCGAUAAUCAAUGUGCAGGACGCUACAGGAAAAAUUAAAUCCGUCAGAGCCUUACUCGACAAUGGUUCACAGUCGUGCUUUAUUACAGGUAACUGUUGUAAGGAGAUGGGGCUUAAACUACAAUCAAUCAAUGUGCCGAUUUACGGAUUGGCUCAGCAGCAGACUCAAGUCAGAAAUUCAGCAAAAGUAACGAUACAAUCUAGAAUCACUGGGUUUAAGAGGACAUUAGAUUGCUUGGUGGUCGAGAAAAUUACCCAGGAUCUACCUUGCAGUAUGGUGGAUAGAGCGGGCUUACACAUUCCGAAGAACAUUCCACUUGCGGACCCGCAAUUCGAUAAACCGUCGAGCAUCGACAUGCUGCUAAGAGCGGAAAUUUUUUUUGAGCUAUUGGUCGUCGGAACGAUUAAAUCAGUAAAAAAACCAGCCAACGUGGCAGAACACUCUCUUGGGGAUCAUUUCAGGAAAUUGCACCAGUGCUAG